AUGGACAACGUCACCGGCAACAACACUUCAGCUCCGCUUUGGAGUGAGGGGACACUCCUCAGCCUUCAGAUCUCCCUGUAUGUUCUGUUAGCCGUCGUCACGCUGGCCACUGCUCUCUCCAAUGCUUUUGUCAUCGCCACCAUCUUUCUGACCAGGAAGCUCCACACGCCUGCCAACUUCCUGAUAGGUUCUCUGGCCAUCACAGACUUGCUAGUGUCUAUUCUAGUUAUGCCAAUAAGCAUUGUGUACACUGUAACCAAAACCUGGUCACUGGGGCAGAUUGUUUGCGACAUCUGGCUCUCGUCUGACAUCACCUUCUGCACGGCCUCCAUUUUGCACCUGUGCGUCAUCGCGUUGGACCGCUACUGGGCCAUCACAGAUGCGCUGGAGUACUCAAAACACCGCACCGUGCGCAGAGCAGGGAUGAUGGUCGGGGUGGUAUGGGUGAUCUCUAUUUCUAUUUCUCUGCCUCCACUUUUCUGGCGGCAGGCCCAAGCGCAGGGAGAACUGAAAGAGUGUGUUGUAAAUACAGAAAAGAUCUCUUACACCCUUUAUUCCACCUUCGGCGCCUUCUACGUUCCCACAGUGCUCCUCAUCAUCCUCUACGGACGGAUUUAUGUCGCCGCCCGAUCUCGCAUUUUUAAGACUCCGUCGUCUGGGAAGAGAUUCACCACAGCGCAGCUCAUCCAGACCUCUGCGGGCUCCUCUCUCUGUUCUCUUAAUUCUGCCUCCCACCAGGAUGCACACCUACACUCUGCCAGUGCAGGAGGUGGUGGUGGUGGGGGAGGAGGCUCGCCUGUCUUCAUGAAUAGUGUGAAAGUGAAGCUGGCAGACAGCGUGCUGGAGAGGAAACGUCUGUGCGCUGCACGGGAAAGGAAAGCCACCAAGACGUUGGGCAUCAUCCUGGGUGCAUUCAUUGUCUGCUGGCUCCCGUUUUUUGUCUGCACGCUCGUGAACGCUAUCUGCACGACGUGCUGGUUCAGUUCUGUACUCUUUGAUCUCUUCACCUGGCUGGGGUACCUAAACUCGCUGAUUAACCCCAUCAUCUACACGGCCUUCAACGAUGAUUUCAAGCAGGCUUUCCAAAAGCUCAUCAAAUGCAGAUCCAGUUUCUGAAAAUCAAAACUGACAUUUUGGAUUCUGCUUAAUUUUAGGAGAUGAUAGAAGUAACGUAUAAUU